AUGGCCGUCGACCAUGGCCCGCCUGCUGAGCAGCAGCAGAACGCCGCAUCUGCGAGUUACCAAGGCGGAACGACAAAGGACGUGGAGACUCUGACGAGCACGCCGACCGACCUCCGAGGCGACAUCUCCAUCGACGAGGCCGCGGAGAAGGCGCUCGUGCGCAAACUUGAUCUCUGGAUCGUCCCGCCCGUCAUGCUCCUGUACCUGCUCAGCUUUCUGGACCGCGUCAACAUCGGCAAUGCCCGCCUCUACGGGAUGGAGGAGGACCUCGGCCUGACGGGCGGCCAGUACCAGAUUGCCGUGUCGAUCCUGUUUGCGACGUACAUCGCCUCGGAGCUCCCGUCCAACCUGGUCAUCAAGCGCUUGACGCCGUCGCGCUGGCUCUGCUUCAUCACCACCGCCUGGGGCAUCGUUGCCACGCUGACGGGCAUCGUCCAGAACUUCGCCGGCCUCGUCGCCUGCCGCGUCAUCCUGGGAGCCCUCGAGGGCGGCCUGUUCCCCGGACUGGCCAUCUACCUGACCAUGUUCUACACGAAGCGCGAGCUGGCCCUGCGCCUCGGCUACCUGUUCGCGUCGUCGGCCGUCGCCGGGUCUGUCGGUGGCCUGCUAGCCUAUGGCAUCGGCCACAUGGACGGCGUCGCGGGCCUGCGCGGCUGGCGCUGGAUCAUCAUCCUCGAGGGCAUCCCCACGACCAUCCUGGGCGUAUCCAUCCUGUGGUGGCUCGCCGACACGCCCGACGUGGCCUUCUACCUCUCCCCCGCCGAGCGUGAGCUCAUGGACCGCCGCAUGCAUCGUGAGGUCGGCCGCACCAGGUCUUCCGACCUGAUGCACGAGGAAGAUGUUUACGCCGGCCUCAAGGACUGGAAGAUCUACCUCUUCUGCAUCGGCCAAUUUGGUGGCGACUUGGUCCUGUACGGCUACUCCACCUUUCUUCCCACCAUCAUAUCCGGCCUAGGUGACUGGUCUACAGCCCAGGUACAGGCCCUCACCAUCCCUUGCUACGCCCUCGGUGCCAUCAGCUUCCUUGUCGUCGCAUAUCUGUCCGAUAAGACGCAGCGUCGCGCUCCGUUCGUCGUCGGGGCCGGAAUCACCUGCGCUGUCGGCUAUGCCAUCCUCGUCAGUCCCGUCUCGGGAGGCCCGAAAUACUUUGGUUGCUUCCUCGCCGCCAUGGGCUUCUACAUCGUCGUUGGUAUCCCGCUUGCCUGGCUUUCCAACAAUAACCCCCGCUAUGGCAAGCGUGCUGUCGCUUCGGGUCUGCAGCUCACCAUUGGCAACUCGGCUGGCAUCCCAGCGCCAUUCCUCUACCCGACUGGAGACGCUCCUCGAUAUGUCAUGGGCCAUGCCAUCUCCAUGUCCCUCGUUACCAUGUCGGCCAUCAUCUACCUACUAUUCUGGGCCUUUUUCCGCAACAAGAACAAGAGAAAGAUGGAAGGAAAGGAGGACUGGAGGGUUCUAGGGAUGGCCGAGGAAGAGAUUGAAGAGAUGGGAGAGGACAACCCUCGGUUCAUGUACACGUAUUAG